CGCAUUGCCCGCCUUAUCCUUCAAUCUUCCGGGUUUCUUGACAUCGAUAUUAUUUAUGAGCCUACGCAAAUGUCUCAGCGGCAUCUCAACGUGCAGCCAAAUCUCCCCAACCGUAUUAACCCUCUGCUGGGUCCCUUUCACAUAUGAAACGCAUGGCUAAUAAGUCCCUUUCCAGUUGAGGAAAUAGAAACAGGGGAUGGGACAGGUUUCCGCAGGAAGCUCAUCGGCAUGUCGUGUGCCCAGUGUCGACGGCUCAUCCGGUCCAAUAUCUUCUACGAGUGCGUUUGCGAGGGAACCUGUCACUCCGGCGUUUUCUACGAGUAUUCCGAGGGCGAAAACUCUUCCAAGAGCGCCUGGCGGCCUUGCCAGUGCGAAUCUAGCUCCGGGUCUCUACCUUCCCUGCGUCUCCGUUCUCACUUUCGCCUCUGUGCGCCGUGCAAGAACGUUACCGACAGCUGCAACAACGGCCGCGUGCUAGGUUUGGCUCAGUAUGAAGAUCCCUGGGUUGACGGCGUAGAUGUUGGGCGGUUACGGAUUGAACUGCACAAACUGGAUGUGAUAGAAAGGCAGAAGGAAGAGAAGCUCAAAUCAGGGAAGGAUGUCCCGAAGAUGCCGCAGAAAGACAGGGUCGCCCUCAAGGUGCUUGAGUGGACAACUCCACGGGACGGAUUAGCGGCCCAAUCAGCCCUGCGCACAUGUGCUCUGAUGCUCAAGGGGAAUUUGGCACCUGCAGGAAACUUCCACUUGUGCCUUAUGCUUGGUCCUUUGAUAUUUGAGUCCGGACAGCCCGAAACCUACCGCGGCAUUCUAGUAUCUCCACGGCUUCCACCACACCUUUUUCCCAGGAGACUGGGCCGACCGAACCAAGUUGAGUGCCCGUACUUCUAUCAAGCCAGAGGCAGCAAAAGGGUAGAGUACAAGACGAAGCCCAUGCCCAUCCGUCAGCGGCCGAUCCUUGGUUGUGUCAAGCGAGUAUAUGGAGGCGCCUUCUCCGGGUAUCCCAACUCCACGCGCCGUCGCCAAAACAGGGUGAUCGAAUUGUUCGUCGCCGAAGCGGUCGAAUAUGCGGCCAUUGCAAGCUCAAAGGCAGUAGAAGCAAAGUGGAAGCGUCUUGGCGAGGCCGCCGACAAGAUUACCACCGCACUCAAGGAUUACAUCGGAAAAGAGGUAGACAAGCACCUCAACCGCGUCUCCAGAAUUUUACUCGAUGAGCGCACGAUACGAGGCUGGAACCCAUACAACAACAGCUGCCAGUGGCUGGUAAUGCGCCUGCUAGCUGGCCAGGAUUUUGAGACGGUGAUUCCACGGUUUCCUGCCAGUCUCGACCUUUCCGACGAGAAAAAGGAAGAAGCAAGCUUCGCCUGGCCACGCUAUCUGAUAAGCUUCGGGCCAAACAUCGACGGGUUCAACCAAAGCUUUUACCAGCCCCAGAGCAUGAUCACCAACUUUGCACAAAGCCGACCAAGUAUCGACUAUGACUUGAUCGAGUACUUCGCCUGGCUGCGAUGCAAGACAGCAUCAUCACCACCUGGAGCCACGCAAGACACACGUCUGCAGCUCUCCCGACUCCUCCGAGAAGACAUCACAACAGACUCCCUCUGGGCAAUGCCAGGCGACACCCUCUCCAUGCUCCAGUUACACCUCCUCCGGCAACCGUCCAAGUACGGUCUUUCCGAAGCCGACUGGACAGCAAACCGCUUUCUGCUUCUUCACCUCCUCGACAUGUUUGCAGCCAUGUCCGGCGCGUUAGGGUCCUCCGUGUUCCACCUCCUCUCACAAGACCGCCAGCUGCUCUCUAGAGUCACCAUUCCCAGCGCCCGCGUCUUGGGUAACGUCCUUGCCAGCGAAAAAGUGCGCAUGAUUCGCCUGUCGUCGCGGUGGGUGGCUUACGACAUCGAGAAUCGAAUCCCUAGCGCUAUGGGGGUGGAUAAAGAGCUCCGCCGACAGCUACAAAAGGAGGGUGGGGCGCCUGGCGAUCCCGUACAUGGCGAGGAGGUUUUGUCUACCAUGGUUGAGUUCUUUCUCACACCGCUCGCGCUCGUAGCCGGGAGGACAGUGACUCAGAAUCUGGGGCAGAUUUUCCGGUUCCAUCACAACGGACCGUGGAUCACGCUGAACCUUUUUGGGCAUACGUAUGUGUGCCCGCUUUUUCUGAAGCAGUUGAAGAGUGUGCGAGGGUAAGACAUGUUGAACAAGGACUGCUGUGGACUUUGGGAGAUUACAUAUACCGGAGGAGCGGAUCCCCAACCCCCGGGUUGCUCGGCCCCUUCAGCUUCCAUGUCUCCUCAGAACUAUGUACUCCUGUUUGCUAAAUAUGCUCAAAAGUGUUUCAACAACGA